AUGCUCGGCAAGAUCGCCCUUGAAGAAGCCUACGAAAUGACAGGCAUGGAAGCCAAAUCAGAGUACGAAGCCUCCCUCUACAUCAACCCCUCCGACCGCGCCCGCUACAUGCGCCAAAUCAGCGACCUCAACUCGGAGCGCGUCAAGCUCGCCGACGCCCACGGCAUCGGCUACACCAUCGUCUCCCUCACCGUCCCCGGCAUCCAAGGCAUCGCCGACCAAGCCGCCGCCGAACGCCGCGCCACCGAAGUAAACAACUGGGCCCACGGUCAAAUCAAGCACAACCCCUCCAAGCUCGGCGCCUUCGCCUGCCUCUCGAUGCACGACCCCGUCCAAGCAGGCCGCGAACUCCGCCGCUGCGUGACCGACCUCGGCUUCCACGGCGCCCUGCUCUGCGACUUCCAGCACGCCGGCCCCAACGGCGAGACGUACAAAUUUUACGACCAGCCCGAGUACGACGCCUUCUGGGAGGUCGUCUGCGCGCUCGACGUGCCCGUGUACAUCCACCCGGCCGCCCCCGCCGACGUCGUCCUCGAGAAGCUCUACGCGCAGCGAAAGUACCUCAUCGGCCCGCCCCUGUCCUUCGCCAACGGCGUGAAUCUCCACCUCAUGGGACUCAUCUCCAACGGCGUCUUUGACCGCUUCCCGAAGCUGCAGAUUAUCGUCGGCCACCUGGGCGAGCACCUCCCCAUCGACCUGUGGCGCAUCAACCACUGGUUCGAGGACGUGAAGAAGCCAAUCGCCGCGGCGGAGGGCAACGCGGACCGCAUGUGUAAGAGGACCGUGUACGACUACUUUAGGGAGAAUAUCUACGUCACCACGUCGGGCAACUUUUCCACGCGCGCGCUGAAGUAUGUGGUGGACGAGAUUGGGGCCGACCGCGUGCUGUUCUCGGUGGAUUACCCGUACGAGACAAUUGAGAUGUGCUCUGCUUGGUGGGACGGCCAGGCCGAGGAGGUGAAGGAGGCGGUGGGCGGCGUUGAGAAUUAUCGCAAGAUUGGGCGUGAUAAUGCGAAGAAGCUGCUCAAGCUGGGCGAGUUCCAUGACUCUGAGGCGCCUGUGUCUUGA